CUCACUAGCUCAGUCAUUCGGCCGCCCGCGUCGCGUGUAGACGUGCUGCGUGUAACAACACCGCUCGCGCGUAUUCACCGACGUACGAAUUUUAAAAACUCCUGGCUUGUGUUCACGUGUAAUAUCACAAAGAGUACUUCAGCAUAGACGAACUGGAUCUAAUAUUUUUUGUUUGUUUCUCUAAAGUGCAAAAUGUGAUGUGCUCAGCGAGCGUGCAAUCCUGUGUAACGUUGCAAAGUGAACUAAAGUGUUUCUGAAUUGGAAACAAUUUCGGUGGUUUUGCUUUUAAUUUGGAUGCUUUCGUUAAGAUAUUGCGGGAAUGACAUUCAUCUUACAGAAUAGACGGCACUCUUGAUCUAUCUAUUCGCAAUUCUAAAUAAAUAGACAACGGAUAUGUAAGAUUACUGAUGCAGACUCAAUACACGAAUUCACCAAUAAAUUUAAUAUGUCCAUGGAUACAAUAAGGAAUUCGAGGAACCAGUACGGCACCGGCUUCAGAAUAUCCACGAUGGCGCCACACCGCUCCGGUAGCCGGUCCGCGGUAUACGUCACAUUCAACACUAUUAUGAUUCUACUAGUAUGUCUGGAGCUGGCGUGGUUGGGCGGCGCUUCAGCGCUCGCAAACUGUCCAGGUGGCUGCAGCUGCAACGACGACACCCUCGUCGUGGUCUGCGAGGAGAGUCGUCUGGACGUUCUCCCCAUCGCCCUUAACCCCUCCAUACAAAGACUUAUCAUCCGGAACAAUAAAAUCAAAACCAUCGACAGCUCUAUGCAGUUCUAUGCAGAAUUGCAACAUCUAGACCUCUCACAGAACCAUCUCGUUAACAUACCGACAAAAAGCUUUUCAUAUCAAAAGAAAUUACAAGAGUUGCACCUGAACCACAAUAAAAUAUCGUCGGUGUCUAACAAGACGUUCCAAGGAUUAAACUCAUUGACGGUACUCAAUUUGAAACGUAAUUUUUUGGAAGAACUUACAAAUGGCGUGUUUUCUACUCUGCCUAGAUUGGAAGAGCUGAACUUAGGACAGAAUAGGAUAUCUAGAAUUGAGCCGAGAGCUUUUGCUGGGCUUUCCGCCUUAAGAAUACUCUAUUUGGAUGAUAAUCAGUUAAGCUCAGUGCCUACAACUUCUUUUAGUCUCUUAGGAAGUCUUGCAGAAUUACACGUGGGCUUAAACGCGUUUUCCUUUCUGCCUGACGAUGCUUUUGCUGGCCUCAAUAGAUUAGCGGUACUAGACUUAAACGGAGCUGGACUCUUCAACAUAAGUGACAAUGCAUUCCGAGGUCUCCCGGGGUUAAGAAGUCUUAACCUUUUUGGAAACCGAUUAAGUGUUGUGUCUACGCAACAACUAUCUGGCUUGACUAGAUUAGAAGAAUUAUAUAUAGGUCAAAAUGAUUUUAUUGUCUUAGAAAGCCACUCUUUUAAAGGACUAAAGAAUCUAAAACUUCUUGAUAUAACUGGCGCAACCCAGCUUGAACGAGUCGAAAAAGGUGCUUUCGAAGAUAAUAUAAACUUAGAAAAUAUCGUUUUAACCAAUAAUAAGAAAUUGUCUACCAUUGAAGAUUGCGCUCUUUUGGGGCUGCCAAAGUUACGACAUGUUUCACUAAGAGAUAAUGCUAUUAUAUCACUGAGCGAGACCGUCUUUAUUGGUAAAGAACUAAAGCAACUCGACUUAACUGAUAAUCCGAUUUUCUGUGACUGUCAGCUAUUGUGGCUUCAGCAACUACUGAACGAAAAGAGCAAUUUCACUCAGAUUCAGUGUGCUAGCCCAGAACAUUUAAAAGAUAAAUAUUUACGAGCACUGAGCGCUGAUGACUUAGGUUGCGUUUUGCACGACUCCAGACAGCAAACUAUUAUUUGUAUAGUAGUGGUCGCCUGCGUGGCUAUAAUAGCAACUCUACUUUUAUUAUUGUACAGAUAUCGUAAAAGCAUGCAGGAAAAGCUAAAAGACUACAAAUGGAACAAAGGACGUAAAAAUUUAGAAUAUCAUAAGCCCAUCUCCACAGAGGAGGAUUGCAUCCUAGAGCUUUACGCCUCCCCGAGCGUGUUUUUCAUGUCAGGCGGUCAGGGCUCUGCGAGACGGCCGCAACGCUCGGGAGGAGGCGGUACGAUGCCCGCCAACGGUUUUACUUACAUCGGAGGCGAUGGACGUCAUCAGCACCAACCCCUUACCCUCAACAACGGAGCACCCGUUCACCACCUAAAUAAUGGUUCCCUACGCUCCUUACCGGACAAGAAGAAUAACCGCAAUGGUGUCGUUUGCCAUCCAGAGAAUUUCCAACGAAACCUCGAUACUCGGUACUCGAGAAAACAAGAGAAUGGCUACAUGCGAAAUUCUGAAACCGUAAUAGGGUUCCCGAGAGACCGAGAGAGGGACAGGGAUUACGAGCGAGAAGUCCCGGAUUACAGCGAGCCUGAGUACUCCAUAAUCCCGGAGGCAGGUUACGGACGCGCUGAGGACUUCCCGCGAUCUUGCAGCCACUCAAAUACCUUCAAUUGUUGAGUGCUAACUGCGAACUCUUUCAAAUAUUUGUGAUCUUGUAAUACUAGCAAUAAAUCUUCAUUCCAUUAUUUUUUCCUAUGGACGGACUUUUUUUGUGAUGGACGUAGUGCUCUAGGACAUUAGUGUUUCGGGUCCGGUGUACGUUUGACCAGCGAGAACUAUCCUAUAUCGUAUUCGAUUUAAGAGAGUACCUUAUGUGUAAAUUAUAAAAUUAAGUAGUUAUGGAUCUAUUUUUCAAUGAGAUGAGGGAAGUGGAGCGUUUGAAAGUUUGACUUUCUUAUGUUAGGUUGACUCGUAUCAUCGUGCUACUUUAUAAAAGUUAUAAUCAUUAUCAAAUCGUGUGAUAUCACAUAACAUACAGCAUACAGUUUUAACGUUUUUGUCAUAAUUGUACCACAACGAAACGACCAUAACGUUAUGAUGAUGCGAAACGACCACAAUUCGUACAAUGUACAGGCUAGUCGAGAUAAGUUUAAUCGUGGGAGGCUCUGAAGAUCGCUCCCCGAAAAUGAUUCUUCUUCAUGAACCAUGUGAUUCAUUUUGUUUUCUACCAGUGCGGUGGAAUUUGUAUUUGAUUUUGUACAAAAACCAUUCCAUAAGAAAUCUUUUUUAAAGUCUAAUUUUAAUUAUAGAUGACUAAAUUAAGUGUGCAUUAAAUAAGACACCAAUAUAAGAGAAAUAUUAGCAAGUAAUGAAUGUAAAUAUAUUUAUAUUAUAUUGAGAUAUUUAUAAAAUUUAUAAUACGAUCUUGCUCUUCUAAAAUUAUCAUCAAAUUAUUUCUAAAUACCCGACAGUGUAUUAUUUGCUAUGGACUAAAUAUCAAGUAAUAUCUUAAGUAUGAGAUUCCAUAAUUUUGUCACUAAAUAUUGUUACAUACUUAAAAUUAUGUACACUAAAUUCUUAUUACGUAGGUACGAAGCACUUUUUCCAAAUCGUCACUAACAUUAAUGCUCAAUUGUUUAAAAAAAAAAACAAUUUAAUUUGUUUUAGUAACCUUUAAAUUAAGAUGUUAGAGAAUGCAAUAUGAAUUAUGUAAAUCGCUUUUUGUUUGAUAAUUGAUGGAAGUUGUCCAUAAGUCGAGAAAAUAAGCAUUAAUUUAAGCUAGUACCAGACUUACGAUUUACAUUCGUAUAUAGAUCGAAAUCAUUUUGCGAUCUUGGGAUUAUUAUAAAUGUAUGCUUUCAGAACUUGACUAAUGAGAACUUUCAUCAUUAUAAUUCUGUUGAUAUCCUUAUAUUUAUCUAAUAAUUCCAUUCAUCCUUAUCAUAUUUGAACUAUUGAUAUUAAUAUUCAAUAUUAUAAAAAUUAAAUAUCAUAAUCCAUAAGGUCCCUUUUAGAAACAUUCUCCAUCGAAGUAAAGUUCUUAAUAAACCCUAUCGAACGUAACUUUGUUUUGUAUAUUUUGUAAUACCUCCCAUAUAAUUGACUUUUAAGAUUUGCGUUGUAGACACCUAUGGAGAAAUUUAAGACUUAAAAUAUGGGCAUGUGUUUAGUGCCUAGUAAAUGCCUAAAAAGUAUACAAAAAAUGAUGAAUACAUAUGAGAAAUUGUGAUUAGAAUAUUCACGACAUUAUAAUAGAUCAUCGAUCAUUUCUGUAUUUUAUUGUAGCAAUUACCUACAUACAAACUCGAUAAAUAUAACAUACCUCAAAUA